CCUCAACAAAGGAACAAAAGCUACAACUCAAAGGGCAAAUGACUAUUAAACGAGGAAGUAAUGAAUCUCUUGAAGCAUUCCUCAAGAAAUUCAAAAAUAUCUGUGACAGUCUAGCUGCCAUUAACAAGCCUCUUGAUGAUCUUGAUAAGGUGUUUCAUUUGUCUAGAGUGGUUGGGUCACGCUACCAACCAUAUAAUCUUGCUGCAGAAGAGGAAGAAGAAAAGAAUUCAGCCCCAAACUAUCGACAAGUGUUUAUUGUUCAAAAAGGAAGAGGAAACCGAGGCAGAGGCAGAAAAAGCUUCAACUCUAGAAGAAGAGGCUUCAUACAAGCAAGCAAUAACAACAACCACUGGUUUGGAAACAAUAGACCAGUUGUCACAAAUAACAACCCUCAGCCAUAUCAAGGAAACCUGCAACAGAAGAACCAGCCUAAGACACAGAGUUCAAAAGACUUGCCUCAAGCUCUUGCUGCAGUAUCCUUAUCAGAGGACAAAGAUCCAAGUUUCUAUGCUGACUCUACAGCAAGUGACCAUAUGACCUCAGACAAAGAUCCAAAGACACAACAAAUUCUUACCAAAGGAUCUAGGAAAGGGCAGCUUUAUGCAUUAGAUGAAGAAGCACAGUAUACUCUCUCAACACUAGCAAUGAACAGGGCAGAAGACUCUAUUUGGCACCAGCGUUUGAGGCAUCCCCAGUCUCGUACAUUAGAAACUCUUUCUUCAAGAAAAGAUAUUAUUAUCUCAAAAUGGGCUACACCUUCUCGUUUGUGUACUAGUUGCCAAAUGGGAAGAGUUAAAUUUCAAAGGAUGGGUGAGAACCAAUUCGAAAGAACUAUUAAAGUCUUUCAAUGUGAUGGUGGAGGAGAGUUUACAAGCAAAAACUUUCAAGAUCAUCUAGCAAAAUGUGGUAUCAAACAACAAAUUUCAUGUCCUGGUACUCCUGAGCAAAAUGGGGUGGCAAAAAGAAAACAUCGCCACAUUGUUGAGACCGGAAGUCUACAACCUUCAAAACAUAUCAGUAGCAUGGAAGAAUCCUACCCUAAAAAAUCGAAGUUCAUAAAUCACAUGCCCAUUUGUGGUGAUUCAAGCCCACCUGGUACGACAAAUGAGGUUCAACCAGCUAGUUCUCAUGUGUUACCACUACCAAUAAAGGAGCCACCACAAGAUGAGCCAGAACAUGAGUCAAUAACUCCAGACCAUCUAACUGCAAAUCCAGUAAGAGAUGAAGGGAGUCGUGAUGACAUUUCCUCUCCUAUUAAUGCCUCAACAGUAAUUGAACACCCUUCAUCAACCUCUCCAAAAAAACAAUACUUGGGAGCUGGUCUGUGUCCCCCUGGAGCUAAUAUAGUUGGAUCAAAGUGGGUUUUCAAAACCAAGCUAAAUCAAGAAGGUUCCAUUGAGAGGUUCAAAGCACGUUUAGUGGCAAAAGGGUUCUUGCAAGUUCCUGGUCUGGAUUUUGAUGAGACUUUCAGUCCGGUACUUAAGCCCACAACACUUCGUCUUGUGAUUGCACUUGCUACAACUCAAUCAUGGCCUUUGCAUCAACUUGAUGUAAAGAAGGCCUUCCUCCAUGGCAUGCUCAAAGAAACUGUGUAUAUGACGCAACCCCCUGGUUUUGUUGAUCCUCAAUAUCCUAAGUAUGUAUGCUGCUUACACCGCUCAAUCUACGGGCUUAAACAGGCUCCUUGUGCUUGGUUUGACAGGUUCACUCUACACCUUCUAAGAAUGGGGUUUUAUUGUAGCCAAGCUGAUUCCUCUCUUUUUGUCCUUCGAAAUUCACAAGCCACUGGUAUUCUUCUCUUAUAUGUUGGUGAUAUUGUUCUCAUGGCUAGCACAGAUGAACUACUUUAGCAAAUUAUUUCAAAUCUCAGUGAGGAAUUUGCACUCAAGGAUCUAGGGCCUCUUCAUUACUUCCUUGGUAUAGAGGUAACAAAAUUUUCUAAAGGGAUUAUCCUUUCUCAAAACAAGUAUGCACAUGAUUUACUAAAUCGAGCAUCAAUGAUGGAGGCAGCUCCAAUCUCUACACCAUUAGCUAUUAAAGACACUAUUACUUC